AUGUACCCCGUUGCUGAUGCAUUCGCCGAUCCACCUACCGCAACUGAAGGUGCACAUAUACCUAACCCUCGUCCCUUGCGCUCUGUGUCUUCUGCUAGGAAAGAGAUUAUCUAUCUUUCCAGCGGGGAGUCUGUGGGAUCAUCAAAUGGAGAGCUAAGUUCGUGGUCUGACAUCUUUGUAGGUGUGCUGCGCGACUUAGGGAUUGACCCUGAAGAUAAGAAGAAAAAACCUGUGAGAAAGAAGAAGGUUAUCACGUUGAAUCCUGAGGUGACCAGCAAGGGAGCUGGGAGUAGUCGCGCAACCGCUGGCGCUGCUGACAAAGGUACUCUCCGCCUUCGUCAAAGUAACUUGGAGGAUUAUGUUAUUAUCAGUGAUUCAUUUGAAGGUUUAUCGCGUAUAGGCGAGAAGAAAACUGGAGCAGGUGGUUCAAAGAGCUCAGGGAGCGUGGGUUCUCGCAACCCGGAUGCUGGUGCGACUCCUUCCUCUGUUGCGCAUGAAGAGGAGGAAGAAGAAGCAGAAGAGGAGGAGGAGCCUGCUGCAAAGUUAGUCAGCAGAAAAAGAAAUAGGAGUGAGACCACAACUGGUGUGUCUACUGCGCCGAAGGCUGGUACGGUUCCCUUGAUCGGGAAGCAAAGCAGCUUGCGCUCUCUUUAUAGGUUUUCUCCUGAGGCCAAGAAGAAGACGCCUGAUAAGGGUGUUGUAUAUAUGGAGCCUUCAGAGCCGGUGCAGAAAAGGCCUAAGGUUACUAUCAAACCUUUCCAGGCUGCUGGGGCAGAGUCUGAAAAGGAUAAACAAGCUGCUGAGACGGAGAGGGCGAAAGCUGCUGAGGCUGAGAAGAGACAAGCUGAGGAAAAGAAGAAAGCUGAGGAAGACAAGCGCAAAGCUGAGGAGGAGCGUAAGAAGAGGGCCGAGGAAGAGAAGAGGAAGAAGGUUGAGGAAGAGAGGAAAAAGGUUGAGGAAGAGAGGAAAAAGAAAGCCGAGGAGGAGAGGAGGAAAAGAGCGUCUGAUAAACCUUCUGGAGAUGACGUGAAAAGGUCCGGGACCGUGCAUAUUGCGGGGCUUGAUCGGCCCCAUCAUGAAAAAAGGAAGGAACCUGAAUUUGAGAAGGUGGUGCAAUCUGUUAAAACAACCUCUUGUACGAAGGGAUCAAGCUCUGCUGCUUUGGGAAAACAAGGCGCACCGCCGUAUUCUCCAAUAGGCCCCCGGGAUACUUUGGGGGACAUUUAUUACAAGUCUUAUACGGAGGAGAGCCGUGGUGACGCUCUGCAUCAACCGCCAUGGGGUUUAAAGCAAAAAGAUACUUUCCUUGAGUUCGCGCCUUGCCGCGACUGGCUUCUGAAUUCCAUUCCUCCUGGCGAGGUUGUCCGUCAAAGGGCGCGAACCCACAGUGGGUUGUAUCACGCCUAUGUUGUUGGCGAGGCCAACACCCGUGCUGCUAAUCAUCAAAUUGUUUGUGAGUGGCGAACUAUGGUUAGGGAGAGGGAGAAUUGGGAGAAAUACCGUGAGCGGAUAUUAAGGCGUGUUGAUGACUUCGAAAAUCGAAGGUUGCCUUUGACGAAGAGAAGGCAAAGUACGAAGCUGACCGGAAGUCGGAGCAGUGGGGUCGUGAAGGCCUUAAGGAUUGAGCUGGCCGAGGUGAAGGCGCAACUAUCUGGUAAAGCCAAGGAUUUGAUUGCCAAGGACGUCGAGAUUGCUGAGUUGAAACGCCGCUUGCAAGAACAGGUUGACAAAAGCGAGUCCUUGGAAAUUGACCUUGAAGCCGAGAAGGGUAAGGCUGCCUUUGCUGAAUAG